CGCGCCGCUCCCGGAACGCCGAUUCCGCGGCCGCGGUUCCCGCCGGGCCGGGGCGGUGACUGCGGGCGGCGCAGGCGCGAUCCCCGCGCCCGGCGCCAUUGCGGCUGCUCCCGGUGAGCCGCGGUGCCACCGACCCCCCGGCCCGGCCAUGGCCACCGACUCCUGGGCACUGGCCGUGGACGAGCAGGAGGCGGCGGCCGAGUCGUUGAGCAGUUUACACCUGAAAGAUGAAAAAACCAAACCAGAUGCCAACGGUGCUGUCAUCAAGGCGGAUGACAACGUAGAGAAGACGGAGGAUGAGGAGAAGGAGGACAGAGCUGCCCAGUCCUUGCUGAACAAGCUGAUCCGCAGUAACUUGGUGGACACAACGAAUCAAGUGGAGGUGCUGCAGAAGGAUCCCACGUCCCCUCUCUACUCCGUGAAGUCUUUUGAGGAGCUGCGACUGAAGCCACAGCUCUUGCAAGGAGUCUAUGCCAUGGGCUUCAACAGACCGUCUAAAAUACAAGAGAACGCCCUGCCCAUGAUGCUUGCUGAACCCCCACAGAACCUGAUCGCACAAUCUCAGUCCGGUACUGGCAAGACAGCUGCCUUUGUCCUGGCCAUGCUCAGUCGCGUUGAACCUGGGAACAAGUAUCCACAGUGUUUGUGCCUUUCCCCAACCUACGAGCUGGCACUUCAAACAGGAAAAGUGAUUGAACAGAUGGGAAAGUUUUAUCCGGAGCUGAAACUUGCCUACGCCGUCCGAGGCAAUAAAUUGGAGAGAGGUCAGAAGAUCUCUGAGCAGAUCGUGAUCGGCACACCCGGCACUGUGCUGGACUGGUGUUCCAAACUCAAAUUCAUAGAUCCCAAGAAAAUCAAAGUGUUCGUUUUGGACGAGGCUGACGUGAUGAUAGCAACCCAGGGCCAUCAGGACCAGAGCAUCCGCAUUCAGAGGAUGCUCCCCAGGGACUGCCAGAUGCUUCUGUUUUCAGCCACUUUUGAGGAUUCCGUGUGGAAGUUUGCUCAAAAAGUUGUUCCUGACCCAAACAUUAUCAAACUGAAGCGAGAGGAGGAGACGCUGGACACGAUUAAGCAGUAUUACGUUCUGUGCAAUAACAGAGACGAGAAGUUCCAGGCUCUCUGUAACAUCUACGGCGCAAUCACCAUUGCCCAGGCCAUGAUCUUCUGCCACACCCGGAAGACGGCGGGCUGGCUGGCGGCGGAGCUCUCCAAGGAAGGCCAUCAGGUGGCAUUGCUCAGCGGGGAGAUGAUGGUGGAACAGAGAGCUGCUGUGAUUGAGCGUUUCCGAGAGGGCAAAGAAAAGGUGCUGGUGACCACAAACGUCUGUGCCAGAGGUAUCGAUGUAGAGCAAGUCUCUGUUGUUAUCAAUUUUGACCUUCCUGUGGAUAAAGAUGGAAAUCCAGAUAACGAGACUUAUCUGCACCGGAUCGGGCGCACGGGUCGCUUUGGGAAGCGAGGGCUGGCGAUUAACAUGGUGGACAGCAAGCACAGCAUGAAUAUUCUCAACAGAAUCCAGGAACAUUUCAACAAAAAGAUAAACAAGCUGGAUACUGAUGACUUGGAUGAAAUAGAGAAGAUAACUAACUGAAGCACAGCUGCUGGAACUGGUGUGUCCCCUGCUGUGGAAGCUCUCCCACUACAAUUGGAUCCGCGUUCAGAUUGGCACGCCUCGCACCGAGUCCCGAAAAGGACUCUAAGAUACAAGUACACAAAAAUUACCUCAUUUAAAAAGAAAAAUUGCAGUCGGACUUCAAAUUGUGCAACUAUGGGGAGGAAGAGGAAAUGUUUACAGAAGCUUUUAAAAUUUCUUAGUUUAGCCUUAAAAUGAGAAGUUCUUUUGAAUUCUAAGAAAAAUGGGCAAUGUGUGAUUACCUGAAACAAAUUUUUUAAAAGAAAAGCUUUAUUGCCUUUAAUUGGAAUAAAGUUCAGCGUGAACCUGAUCAGUUAAAAUUCAACAGCCAGAUAUAUGAUGGAGAUAAGAAAAAAAAACCAACACAAAACAAGGCAGCUGUUUUUUGGCUAAAAACUCAACUUGUACAAAAUAGAAUGUCAUUCUCUUUGGCGCUCCCCUGAGCUCUCUAAGCCUCAUUUCUGGCUUCCUGAUGGAUUUCCCCUGCUUUUCCUUACGUAAAUUGUCCUGAGGAUGUCUCCAGUAGCUCAUACUCGCAAACACAGGUGCCGUGUUGCUUUUGCUGGGCAGGAUUUUCUUCUAAUUUAUCUUUGAUUUGUUAGAAAGGCCGCUGUGCGUAAUGCUGACGUGCUCUAGAAAUUCAUCUGAAGCCUUUACCGUCGCCAAGGUUUGGGUAGGUGGGGAGGGAGGGGAAGUGUGAAGGGAACUGUACUAAUUAAUGUUUGGAAUAAACUGACCGUUGGAGUGGGGGUCGGUCACCUUUAGGCAGGUGCUGCCAGUUCUAAGAUGCUGCUGUGAAGCUCGGCGUGAAUAACGUCCAGAGCUGCUGGGCUUCACCCAUGAGUAAAAGAAAUCAAAAUCAUGAUAGCUUGUAUUGACCAAAAAAAAAAAACAAACAAGAAAAGAAAAAAAAAAACCCACAACUUUUCGAACGCCAAAUUUACCUGUUACAUUAUGUUUCAGUACCAGAGUUUUGAGUUCAAAUUGCAGAUGGGAAGCGCUCCACUUCCAUCGUGCUCAAACUAGGUCAGCGGUCCCUCGCCCCAGGACGAUCCUUGCCGGAGGAGGAAGGAUUUGCUUAAUUCUGUGCUCGGGUUUUUGGUUGGGUUGGGACCAUUCUCGUGCGCACAGCUGAAAGCCUGCGGGUUGUUCCCCCCCAGCGCGGUUUCCAGGAGAAAAGGAGGCUCCUGAACUAGAUCUUUAGGGUGCACAGUUCUUUUUUGGGGAAAAUAAAACACGGGACACAUGUGAGCAGCCAUCGGCUUGCUACUCAGUGCAGGAAUCACUUCAAAACAAAUGUAUAAAUUGUAAAUUUAACUAGGAGAUUUUCUUUGCAAUUUUGGCCAUCAUAUUCUGUUCAAAGACAGGAACAUGGAUCCUUUUACCAAGUAAAAAAAGGCUCAUUUAAAAUGUACCUAAAAUUUUAGGAAAUUGUGCACCCUUUUAUCAAUUUGUAUAAAGGCUUUAGUGAAAAAAAAAAAACUGUUAAAAUUAAACUUUUUGUAUUCUGGGGUGUAUCUAUUUUUAUUCUGUUGGAAACCUAUUUAAAGUGGCAGGUGAGUGAGUGCUUGCGUGUCGAGUGGAAGACUUGUUUCAAUCACCUACUUUCCUAGUACAGCAGAAUGACCUCGUGACAGCAGAGUAUUGGGUUGAAUUGUCAUGAAAACUGCUGCUGGUCCUGUGUGCUGUUUCUAAUGUACUUUUAAUUGGAAUAAAGAACACAUACUGAA